AUGACUGCUGUAUUUGAGGAGUCGCAGUCCCGACAUAACCCGCGCCUAUCUUGGAUGCCAACAAUAUGGCGUCAAACAAUGUCGCUGGGGGGUGCACAUCGCUUCGCCGCUGCAGUCGUGACCGGCGUAGCAUUCGCAGCAGCACUUGCGAGUUUAGGAAGGCGUUCUCCAGAACUCACCGCCCCCGCGCCGCCGCAGUCGCCGCCGCGCCCCGCCCGCCCGUACUACUCGUCGCAGCUGCGCCCUCCGCCUCUCCCGCUGCCGUACCUCGCCGCGCCCCUGCGCUCCACCAUGAACGGCGUCAACGGACUCAACGGCCACGGCGACCUCAACGGCGGCAGCGCCGAGCUCAUCUCGCAGGCGCUGCCCAAGGGCUGCUGGACCAUCGGCCUCAUCAACUCCAAGUACCGCUACCUCACCGCCGAGACCUUCGGCUUCAAGAUCAACGCCAACGGCGCCUCCCUCAAGAAGAAGCAGGUGUGGACCCUCGAGCCCAGCUCCGCGUCCGGCUCCGACUCGUGCAUCUUCCUGCGCUCGCACCUGGGCAAGUACCUGGCCGUGGACUCGUUCGGCAACGUGACGUGCGAGAGCGAGGAGAAGGACCCGGGCUCCAAGUUCCAGAUCUCCGUGGCGGACGACAACACGGGCCGCUGGGCCUUCCGCAACGUCACCCGCGGCUACUACCUCGGCGCCUCCGCCGACAAGCUCUGCUGCACCGCCAAGGUGCCCGGCGACGCCGAGUUCUGGCACGUGAACCUGCGCUCCGUGGGGCGCAAGCGGUUCGCGCACCUCUCCGAGAACCUGGACGAGAUCCACGUGGACGCCAACAUCCCUUGGGGCGAGGACACGCUCUUCACGCUCGAGUUCCGCGCCGACGACUCGGGCAAGUACGCCCUGCACACGUGCAACAACAAGUACCUGAGCCGCGAGGGCAAGCUGGUGGACGAGUGCGGCCCCAACUGCCUCUUCUCGGCCGAGUACCACGCGGGCCAGCUGGCCCUGCGCGACCGCUCGGGCGCCUACCUGUCACCCAUCGGCUCCAAGGCCGUGCUCAAGUCGCGCUCCACCACCGUCACCAAGGACGAGCUCUUCUCGCUCGAGGACUCGCUGCCGCAGGCCAGCUUCGUCGCCUCCCUCAACGCGCGCUACGUCUCCGUCAAGCAAGGUGUGGAUGAUGAGAUUUCUGACCAUGAGACCUUCCAACUGGAAUUUGACAAUAGCACCAAGCGCUGGUACAUCCGCACCAUGCAGGACCGUUACUGGACUCUGGAAACUGGUGGUGGUAUUCAGGCCAGCAGUGACAAGAAAUCCUCUAAUGCUCUGUUUGACCUGGUGUGGCAAGAUGGUGGAGCUGUCGCUUUCAGAGCUAACAAUGGAAAGUACAUUGCUACAAAGCGGUCUGGUCACUUGUAUGCCAACUGUGACACUGUGGAAGACAAUGCAAAAUAUUUCUUCUAUCUCAUCAACAGGCCUAUUCUUGUGCUGAAAUGCGAACAAGGUUUCGUUGGUUACAAGAGCGCAUCAUCACCAAAGCUUGAAUGCAACAAGGCCACCUACGAAACCAUCCAAGUUGAGCGAAGUGAGAAGGGAGUAGUUUUCUUCAAGGGACAAAAUGGAAAGUACUGGCAUGUUGAUGGAGAAUCUGUGACUGCUGAUUCUGACACACCUGAAGGUUUCUUCCUGGAACUGCGUGAACCCACCAGGAUAUGCAUCAAGAGCGUGGGUGGGGAAUAUCUUAUUGCCAACAAGAAUGGCAAUUUCCGUCUUGGUGACACCGAUUACGAAAAUGCUACCAAGUGGGAGUACUAAAUAAAUGCACCUCCUCUAAGUCCUUGCUUUGAGAUAUGACAAAAAGCUUUCAUACAAUUUGUGAUAAAUGAUUGCAAUUUUAAUACUGAAGUGGUUAAGGAGUUCAUUUGCAUAUUACCAUUUAAUUAACGGAAAUUUAAAAAUUCUUGAAUUAUAUGUAUAAUGCCUUCUGCAGUAAAGGCAAACAGACUGAUAGGAAUGUAUGGCAGUAACUCAAGACCUGUUGUAGAUUUUUCCUUAUUUGUACUUCUCUAGCCAUCUUCCAUCUAAGUAAAUCUCAUUCAAAAUAUAAGGGUUACUUAACUGGAAUAUGUAGUUUCAAGAGAUUUUCUACUUUCAACCUGUAAUUUAUGUUAAUUAAUAAAAUUGGGCUGGAAUCUCUCUUACAGCUGCUGACAAUUUCUAUGAAGCAAAUCUAAAUUUCUGUCAUAGAAAUAGUUCCUUCAAAAAAAUAUUUAUUUAUACAUAUUUAUAUCAACUUAUUUAUUCAUAAUUAAUAUAAUAUUCCAAGCAAGUCACAUAUUAGGAAAUAGCAGUGUGGAUAGAAUUUGAACUACUUACAUCUGUACAAAAAAAUUGUAUUUGGGAAUUAUUUUUAAAGUUCGUUGAAAUAAAAAUAUUUGUGAAAACAUUGCUUUCUUUAAUUGAUGGAAUUAAUACAAGUUAAAUUCAUUUGUACAUGUAGUGUUGAAGUAAAUAUGUAAGAGUGUGCAAGGAAUCUUUUCUAAUGAUCGAUAUUGUAAUACAUUCAUAUUAAGGAAAGAGAUUGUUCUGGAAACGCCGUAAUCUAAAAAUAUAAAAUUCUGGGCAAAUUGUUAAAACAAGUAUUUAUGCUACAUACCUUAAUUUCUGUAUUUGCAAUAUAUGUAAUGUUCCCCUUUGCAUGUGAAAUAAUGUAUUUGUUAAACAUAUACCCUAUAUAUGAUUAAAGUGCUUUGUUUUAUAGUCCGUGUAUGUCUUCAAUAAAUUCAUCCUGUAUAUAAAAUACAUUCUUGGAUACCUGGAUCUUGUCUGAAAAACAAUAAAAAAAAUCCUGAAAUUUCAUCAAGAACUAGCAUUACUUGUGAAUGUGGUUAAGAAGUGUGAAUAUUGUUGAAAGAUAAUGACAGUUGCAAAUAAGCACGUAUGAAGUCAUAAAAAAUUUAAAAUAAUUUUCUGGUUUAUGCCAGACACAAUAAUUUUAAAACCUUUCCUGCUUCAUCUUGAAUGUCCUCUAGACUAUUGGAAUGACAUGAAAAUGGCCUAGAGCUCACCACCUCAAAUUUCUCAGGCAUGUACAAUUUUCUGUGAAUACAGGUUUUUAAGCUGAUGUUUACACUUGGCCAUCAAUGCUUAUGAGCCAAUCCAAACACUGCCAGAUUUCUGACCUGCACCUACCAAAUGAAUUUCACUUACCUUUUUAAAAAUGAUGCCACUUUACCUUAAAUAUUCCUUGGAAAACAUUUUUUGAAGAAAGCCUUUCUUUUCAGAGCCUUUUAAAGCAUUCCGGAACAACAGCUUACCCUUAUUCCUUUGCUCAGGAAACGUUGUUGUGAACAUAAACCUUUGAAUGCAAUAUUUCCAUGAAUUAAAUAUUCCAAGAAUCAAUCCUCUUCUGAGAGAUGUUUCAUCAUUUGAUUCACUUCAUCACACUCUACAUAAAUUAUAGUUAAUUUUUAGUAGUCCUUUGUGAUGUAUGAGAUGAUUAAAUUCCAGCUUGGUACAGUGUGAUAAAACUUACAGAACUGAAUUUUCAACAUACUUUUUGUAAUAUUUGGACCAUGUUUGUAAAUCACCUUGUGCCAAGGGAAAUGUUUUAUAUGCAUGGGAGCUAUAAAAGACAAUUUCUAGCUUAAAUGAAUUUUGUACUUACAGUAUGUGCUCAAUUUUAUCAGACAUUUGAAAAUGUAUUUAAAAAUUAAUUGCAUUUUGAAAGUUGCAGGUUGAGAGAAUGUUCAAAUUAUUCUGUAUGGAUACUAGUAUUGUAUUUUUCUUUAAGAAUUACUUUAGCCGCCAUGUGAAAAAUGCUACUUUCCAAAUAAAAGAUAAAAAAAUGUAUGUUUUAAGACAUGGACAGAGGUUUAUUAGCUAUGUACUCCAAUUAUAUGGAGUUCUUUCCAUAUGUUUACAUGUAUUUUAUAUAUUUGUAAGUGGUUGCACAUAUUUCCUUAUGUGAAGGAUAAUUAUUGUUUUUAUACUACAUCUUGUUUUCAUCAAUGUACAUAUUAUAGACAUAGUUACUAAGAUUCAGAAAAUUGCAUGUUAUAGUGGUGGUAAUCAGUAGGUACAUUUACUUUCAGAAGCAAACAUUUAUUUAUUAAGUUUUAGGAUACAACUGCAUUCUAUGUAGUGAAAAACAUGAUUUACCAGAUUUUGCAUUUAUGAUAUUUAAGAGUGACAUUCACUGGCAUUGGCUAGUGAGUCCCUCUUCUCAUUAAAGGGAAAGCUCCUUGAAUACUGGUCGUGCUUUUUUAACUCAUUAAUGUUUCUCAUAUUACAGCAUUCCACAACAAUUUCUAUUAUAUGUUUAAAUAUAUGUAAUCUAUAAUAUUAAGCUCAAAAUAAAAUUCCUUAGUAGCUGGAAUGACAAGGGGUUUGUGUGACUGGUUAAGUAUUAUAUCUACAUGUUGAAAGAAUGAAUUGGUGUUUGAUUGUGUUAAGUGGAAAACCUUUCUGCUGUACAUUGUCAUGAGACAGGAAUGUGCAUGACUUACAUGUUUCUCUUUAUUUUUAGUAUUUGCUAAAUGAUUUUAUGACCAGUAUUAAUAUUUAUAUGGUCACUCAGAGGUAUUUGAAGUAGUGUAGACACAUAAUAUUCUCAAAAUUGGAUGUUAUCAAUAUUUUUGUUUGUAGAAAGUGAGUCUUUAGUCAUAGAUUGUAUUAAUUGUUUCCAAUAUAUAGGAGAUAUGAAUGUAUGAUACUAACCUUUAAUACAGACAAGUUUUUUGAAUGUGAAAUUUUGCUAAAUUAAUUAUAAAUUUGAAGAAAGUAUCUAGAACAUGUGCAGAUACUUACACUGUGUUCAUAUUUUUUGUCACUUCUAUUGUGAAUUAAUUUGCACAUUUAUUUCUGCUCAAAGUUGAAAAAUGCUUAGAAUAGUUUGUAAAACAGAGUAAGAGUAACCCGAUUGAUGCAGUGCAAACAAUUUGUGUAAAACGCUACUCUGAAUUGAAUUGUAAAACUAAAUCAAUCUGAAACUGAGAUUAAAAUUAUUUCUUCUAACUUUGCAGAGAAAAAACUUAUGUAAAAUUAGUUCUAAGAUGUAACCAUGUUUUUGCUACUGUAUAAAUGAGCUUCACCAAUGCUAUGUAUGAUACUUGUAGAUCAUAUACUGACAUACAAACAAAUUCUGUAAUUUUUGUGUGUGUUAUUUCUUAUGAGUUUUUUAACCUUAACAUUUUUAUUGUAUUUUUAAUUUUCUUCCGAAAAUGUAAUUUGUGACAGAUAUUGGACAGAUGAGUAGAACUGAAUUUUGUCUUUUUAGUUAUUGUCUGAAAGUGCUACUUUGCUUGAAAAAUAAGU